UUUUGACAAUUGGCUAAAUUACUGUUUUGUACGAAAUUACGUAAAAUUAGCAGCAGUCAAAAUGGCUCUGUCAAAGACCGGCUACUAUGAUAAACCCGAGGGUCAAGACUUGUUUGGCAAAAUGGUUGCGACCAACACUUAUGCCGCCACAGCCGGUUUGGCUUGGUCCACCGUUGAUGUGUUGAUGUUGACCCAUCCCAAGGGUUAUUUGCCAACUUUGGCUCGCUUUGCCUAUAAUACCGGUCCAAUGAUGGGCAUGGCUUCGGCAUUCACAUUGGCCACAUAUUUGUCGACAAAUGUUCGUGGCAAGGAUGAUAGACUAAACUACUUCAUUGGUGGUUUUGCUGCUGGUGGUGUCUUUGGUGCCUGGAGACGUAGCCAUGUUGCUGGUCUUGUUAUGGGUCUUUUCUUCGGUGA